AUGCAUAACUUAGGACACAUAGUCCUGAUAUGUUGCCUGCUUGGUGAGUCCCAUGAAGAAUAAUUUACGCAACAUUGUAUGCUAAAGAGUAACAGUUUAAAACUACCAUUAUAUUUUAAAAAACUCUAUUUUAAUAACUUUGUUUGCAUUCUGGAUAAUUUGAAAUAAAAUGCGGAGUUCUUACACCGCAGGGUGCAGAAAACACAUGGUACUAAAGCACAGAAUACAGUCCCUCGAUAACUUUAGCUUUUGAAUUUGCCUUUCAGUAAAGUCGAUCACAAAAGAUAUUUUGAAAUAAAAAACGAUCCGGAAUCUCUGGAGGAUACUGCUGAAGACUAGGGUUACCAGGCAGUAUGUUCCAUUUGUAAAGGGUAUGUGUGAGCAACGUUCUCAAAUAACCCGGGGACAGAAGGCUGCUAUCUUGAGAAAUCCCUUAUAUGUACUAGGAUUUGGGACUUCAGCCCAAUGUGCACAACUCCUUACAAGCUGUAAUUCCCUGCUCAGGUCUGGCAACUUCCGUCUCGCUGCAGCAAGGACCAUCAAACGGUCUAGCAGACAAUGUAGUCACCGCGUCGGGCGAGUGCGUCUGGUUCGCAGUCAGCCUACCGGAGUCUCUUGCGGUAAUAUAUCGAGUGCUAAUCCUGCAUGGUACUGAUAUUUUUUCUUGAAAUAUUCAGGUUUUUCUUAACCGUUGGCGUCAUAGGCAAAAUGACCUUAUCAUUUUUUUGUAAAAUUAUUUUGAAAAAUAUUUAAAACAAUUUUUGACAAUGAAAAUAGUUUCCAUAUACUUAUUUUGCAAAAUGAAAUAUUUAUAUUUUAUCGUUAAGUUCAUCAUGAAGGCAUGCUUCCUCGCAUGAAUUCUGUCAUCUUCCAUAACACGGCCUUAUUCUAAUUUCAGAAAAUGGCAUUAGAUUCCCGUGUGCUAAGCUGCGAUAAUGGAUGGUGUAGAGGUCGAGGGGACGACGAUACUAAAGUUGAAUACCAGGAGGUAAAAGGUAUGAGCAAUGCCCGAGGGGAAUUAUUAGUCACACACGCGGGUAUAUAUUUAUAUAUAGUUGUGUAUACAUCUAAUUUACAGCGUAUUUUCAUUUGGGAUUUUGAUUUGAUGCACGGAUGUGAUUAUAACCGCAAGCAUAUAUGAACGGAAGUAUUCAUUUUUGAUCUCGUAACGCAGAAACUCACGUCUUCACAUUUUUCUUUAAAGUCGUUCAUGAUCAAAGCUUUCUAUAACAACCAAAAGUUAGUUCAAAUAUCCUCAUAUAAGUACGCUUAAUUAUUCCUUUAGGAAAAUGUGUGCUGUAGACAAGAUCCAUUGCACAUAGGGUCGCCUCAACAAGAUAGAGGAAUUUCUGAUUUUCUUUAUAUAAGAGGUCGACAUUUUGCAUUUAGGAAGAUCUGAAGGUAAAACUAUGUGUAUCCCUAUUUAUUCUUAGAAAUACUGGAGCAAACGUAUAAAUUUACGUGAAAUAGCCUAACGCAUGCAUAUGAAUUGACGUAAAACCUCGAAAAAACGAACAUAACAAGAAACAAGUUAGUUCUUGAAUAGGGUGUGCCAGAAUAGAAAAACCAAAAGAAAAUUUGGAAGUAUAUAGUAAAAAAAUAUUUGAGGAAUUUAGCUUGAAAAAGCUGCCUCGUUAGAAUUGGUUGGCAACACUUAAACCGAAUGCCAAUAUUCCGUCUUAGUUAAAAACACAUUUCAUAAUUUCAGUUAAGCGUUCAUCAGAUGCGCUACAUACAUACGAACGACAGUUCAACCGUCAUGACCAUUGAUGAACACCACGGCAGAAUGAGAGUGCGGGAUUACUUUUAUAAUGAUGAUGAAUUUGCACUGCACUACCCGCAUGUCUGACGCUUGCUUCCGAUGUCACUACCAUGUCAUGCCUACGGGAGAUGUGAGAGAUCGACAUACAUUUAUUCAAAUAAGCAGAGUAAUUUCAUGUAUUAAGACAAGGGAGACUAGAGUGAUCCUUUAUAGCUUACUAGUCGUCGUCAGGCAGUCAUAUCCAAUUUAAAAUUAUGGAACCUGUUAUUUAAAUGUUCAGUACCUCCAAUCCCUGAGCAUUGGACUCGUUCUUCUAUCGAAUGCGAAUUGAGAAACGCCCUUAUCUCUGGAGCUCAAGUAUCAGCCGCAGAGCGACGCAUGAUAAAGGCAGAAUAGCAUACCACACAAGCAAGAAGGAGUGAAAUGGCCGCUUCAGGCCUAUUUGCCAUCGUCCGCCUGUUAUACUCAGAAUUAAAUUGUGGAAAACAUGAAGCUUUAUCCCGCAAAAUGUUGGCUAUAAUUUCAAACCGACUAAAUAACAGCGCUAUUUACUAACCCGCACCCAGGACUAGUGUUGCGACUAAGUCACGAAGUAUUACGAUACAAGGACGAAAUCCAAUAUGUGCUUUGGAACUAGGAAGUUGAUUGCGCCAGUAUUCGACGCCGUGUCUUCCAGUCGUGGUUAGACAUGGACGGAGAAGAAAAGGCAUAGAUAUAUGCGUGCAUGUGCAUGCAUACAAAUGCAAAAAACCAUUCAACACGUAUAAUAGCCAAUCUAUGUUUAAGAGUAAAAAUGAACUAUUAAGUACUCAGAACCAAAAGGACCAUUAGAUUUUCAAUGGUAGAGGCAUGAUGACAAAUAAACAAAAGCGCAAUUUUGCAGACUGAAUUCUAAAUCGUAACAUACCUUUAGUUAUAGAACAAAAACUUGUCGCCAAAAGACUUAUUGAUGAUAAAGCUGCCAUAAAUCUAUUAUGAACAGGCAAUAUAUUUCGUAAAUUUCAGUUGGGAAAAGCUACGUGACAACGGCCAACAUCUGCAGACACGACAACCCAUUCAGCAUCGGUUGGCAAAUUAAUGAUUUUCAUGUGGACAAUCGGAUAGCGCGCAUUACACAAUUCUUUGCGCCAAAUGGAGACUGGUCCACCAGUGAAUUCAGUAAGCCAUUACAUUGAAGUCGGAAUGCAUCAGAUCACUCCGUACCACCCGAUGCCUAACAACACCUCUUUAUUUCAGGCUGCAUUAGGCCCCAGUAUUCACUACCACUUAUACGAAAUGCGACCGAAGGAUCUGGCAUGCAAGUUCAAUGCGCCAUAUCGAGAAAGAUGUGUCGAUCAUCACAGGAAAAUGUGCGUAUUGGGUAACCCCGUGCAGAUUUGCAGAGAACAUCAACUCGCAAUACUGAUACCUGCUUUCUCUUCGUAGGUGGUCAUCUUUGAUCUGAAUAAAGUCUUCUGUCAAUACGACCACAAUGUGCAAACAUGCGGUAAGACCUAUCUCGUCCACUGCGACGUGAACGUUACCAGUGCCUUUUUCACUGCAAAUAUUACGACCGACAUGGCCUUUUUUGGUUUCAUUGCAGAAAGAAGAGAAGUGGACAACGAUACGAUCAUAUUUGCUACCACCGUCUCGAAUACGGAGGGAAACAGAUAUUAUCCCGAUCAGUAUGUGUUCUGUAACGCAAUGGGAAGUGACAUGUCAAUUAAGAUAACGUGGAUCCGGGGUAGGUAGCCACUUAUAUUGAUCAAACAACAUCACUUAAAGUCUCCACUUACUUAGCUGUGGAGGCAAACAUAUGAAUUACUAGUGAGAGAAGGUACCGUUUUGGUGGUCUCUGCUGGUGUGCGAUUUCACAUCAUGCAUUGUUCGUGUAUUUGAUAGUUAUUUACAAGCACAACCGUAUAAAGGGUUAAAUAUUUUCACUAGAUUUGAGGCCACACCAUACGAAGGAAUAGCAUAAAACAGUUAUAUUCCAGUUUAACUCACUGAAGGAUAUCCAGAUCGUAAUGUGUUCAUCAAACAUAGCUAUGCAACAUCAAUUGAAAGUGCAUAAUUAUUAGCAAAUGUAGAAUGUAUGACUUGGUUAUAAAAGAAAUGGAGAAACACGAUGGUAGUGAGAAGUGCGAUGAAUUCCGAGCCCCAUGUCCAACACUGUCAGUACCGGCGUAAACGAUUGUGGCCAAUAAGAUCAACCUCCUUUCAAUAUGUGCUUUUACGGCAGUACGGCUAACGCAUACUUUUAUUGUCAUGUUUAUAUGACUAUAAUGCAACACUAUGCCUGUUUUAGAUGCGUCCUCGUCAACUACGGUGGAAACUGCACCAGAACGGACAACGGAUCCUGGUAGUGAAAACAAACAUUCCUAUAUACGCGCAUGUAUUUUAAUAAGGGAAACAUUGUAUUCAAGGUCUAGGAUAAGGCCAGUCCGGCGUAUAAAUCGCGCCUGCUUAUUGAUCUUGGGAAUUAAGUUUCGUUCAGAACGUCGUCCUAUUAUGAAAUGUAGAAUAUAAAAUUAGCACAGGCGGACAACUUUCAAUGUAAAUAUUCUCAUUCUUCUGUCGCACCGCAGUGCUUUUCCUUUGCUUUGCAUCGACGCAGACGCAUGUGACGCCAGACAGAGUUGUGUGUAAAUAUGGAGCAUUGCGUUGCUUUUUGAAGGCAAUUCUCCCAUUCUGCUGUUACACCACAUUUCCUACUAUCGCAUAUUUAUCAUUAUUAUAUUUGUUUAUGCCAGUUUUAAAUUCUUCGUCUUCAAUUAUAACGGAUUUUGGUAUUGAAAACACAUAUGGUUGUAUAUAUAUAUAUGUUUAUAUACCAAAUCUUCUCAACAAUUUCCAUUUAUUUUAAUAAGGAACACGUAGGCGAAUUUUCGGGUAUUUCAGCGACUGUCAUUCUAAAUUUAUCACUUGUUCCGCCGCCCACUGUGCAUGAUUAUUCAUCCCGAUUUCAUAUGAUCAUUCGUUAUAUCAAAUUCGUCUAAACCGGUCUUUGCUCCUCUUUGCAGCCAACACCUCGUUAACAACUGUUGAAACUGCAGCAGAAAGUACUCUCUUUCUGGGUAAUAAAAAAACCGUCGUACAUAUUAUUAUUUAUUAUUUUUUGAUUCUUUUAUUUGAAUUCUUCUAUGACAGAUUCGUUAUUCGCGUACGACACAGAGUAGACUUGAUAGCUCGGUUUAUUGAUUUGCAAUAGAUUAUGCGAUUGUGCGGGCUGUUCAAUGUCUUUUGAAGCGAACCUGGAGGUUAAACGUCCAUCCAAAUGUUAUAAAAUAUUGAUUCACUUCUACUCGGUCAAAACAGAUCCUCCCUCUCUUAACUACCACAGAAUUUCUGUCUUCACCGUUAACAUCUUGUGUGUAAAUUUAGAUACUAUCCGUUUGACUUAAGUGUACUUUGAAGCAAGCAUAAAUUUGAUGUUUAUUGUUUUUUUACCGUGUGUUGACUCCACAUAUGUAAUGUUGAUCAAGAAAAUGCUGAAUAGAUUUGGCCUUAAAUAACUUUAACAUGCAUGAGUGUCGCAAACUGAAUUUUGCUUAGCUCCCACCUUUUUCGUUUUCACUUGAUCUGAACCGUUUAAGUUUUUUUACAAAUCAAAGGGCAUUAACUUUUUCCUAAUUUGUUGAUUGCUUGGCUCGUAGGAAAAAAUAAAAUAGAAACGUAGUUUGGCUUUCCUCUUUUAUCAUCUCUAUAGAAACCCAAGAGUAUUUUUUCAACAUCCGUAUCAGUUUUCGCAUUCGCCGUUCCUGACAAUUUUAUUCACAUUGACGCUUAACGCGCCCUUUGAAUUUGAUAGGGAGUGGAUUUCUGAUGGUCCAAUUAUAGCUUGUUAAUUUGGUUGGUUUACCGUUAACAUUCAUACGCCUGCUUAUUUGCAAAUGCAGUGCGAUUUACUAAUAUUGCUCUUAGCCACGGGCAAAAAUCAGAUUGAUUUCAGAAAAAAAUAUGAAAAGGUAGGUAGAAUGCCAUUGCAGUCAAAAAUAAGGGAGAUUGGUGAAAACUCGAAGUGCAGUUAAAGGAAGGUAUGUUGAAUAUAAACUUAAACUCAAAUCAAUGCGUGACCGUAGAAAAAACAUUGGCUUACUGUAAAGGAAGAAGAUUAUAAACACGGAUAUUCCUUCACUGUUGAUUGCAAAACUCUCCCAAAAAGCCACUUCUGUUCGCUUUUAAAGGAAACCUGAAGGAACGCGUUGCACAAAAUCUCAAUAUUCUGCAUCGUGAACUACCAAAUACUUGUUUAUAUGGGUAAACGUUCAGCAUCGAUAGAGUAAUUGAGGAGUAUUUACGAAAUUCACGCACUUAGACCUUAAACUUCGUACAUGUUUGUGGGGGGUUAUGGGCAGUCAAACGUUUUUCUGGCGUUUGGAUAUGAGACUUUGCAAGGCAUAUCAAAGUUUAGUAAUAUAUUCGAAGGUUUUAAUUCGAAAGUGGGUUCUACAUAUAUUUUUUUUCUGAUAAAAAUGCUUUGCAAUACACCGUACUGACACCACCUGUAUAUAUUCAAUCUUCACUUGAAAUAGCAGUUUGAAAUCAUGAUAAGCCGUCAUCUUGCAGAUAUAUUUUGUGAAGUAUGUGACACAAACAUGAACGUUUGGAAUAUUUCAUUUCCAGUAAAUAAAAACAAGGGUACAAUAGUUUAUAAUAUACAGCUCUUGAAGAAAUAACUUAUUAUAGGCAUCACCAGUUUAUAAAAUAAGUGCCUGACAUAAUGGCAAAUUGCGUACGUUUGAGUCCACAAUUUUAGUCGUCAGGUGAUUGUAAGGGUUUGGAAAUGACGGUAUAGCCAUUUGAGAAGUCAUUUAAGUUUCGUUAAAAAAUGUCUGCAUGCAGAAGCGAAUUUUGGCCGCAAUAUGCAAACGGAAGUUAUUAAUUUUACCUGUUAUUUGUGCCUUAAAUACAAAUUCGGUGUCCUCAGGGCAAAACAAACUCAAACUAAUUUGUACUUUUUUUUCAUGUAGAAUAUCCUUUAGAUUCGUGCAUAUGCUAG